GCGUCGUCCGUCCCUGGUCGCAUUCUGGCGCGAACAAAAAGGCUUAUCCACACUAUGAUCAGGGAGUGACACGUGGCGACGUAGCAAAGCGAGAGCAUUUGCCGCUCGCCUGCUGCCCACGUGGUCUGUUCGUAUCCCUUGGAACCGUUCCGUAGUAGACUCCACUUCAGCUUGAUAGCUAUGGCGGCUGGAGCUCUGGCUAUGGCGUCCAUAACGGUCUCGUCCUCGUCGGCCACAGCCGCGACGACGACGGCGGUUAGCGCAUCGUCGUCGUCGAGGAACGGGCAGUCCACGUCAGCAGUUCCGUCGUUGACGUCAACACGCGUGGGCGUGUCCCUUCCGCGGGCUCUCGCAGGAUCGUGCUCCGCGUCAGCCGCUAUCUCCGAGGUGGUGGCCCGCGGCGGUGGGAGUAACAUUGAGGUGGAGGUGGACAAGCCAUUAGGAUUGACGCUCGAUCAAAAGAGCGGAGGAGGGGUUGUUAUCUCGAACGUGCAACCUGGCGGGAAUGCGGCCAAGGCAGGGCUGAAAGCGGGAGACCAGGUAUUGUACACAAGCAGCUUCUUUGGAGAUGAGCUAUGGCCGGCGGACAAGCUUGCCUUCACGAAGACGGCUGUUCAAGCAAAGGCAGACUCCGUCUAUUUUGUCGUAGCAAGGUCGGUGUCUCCCGUCCGAGCCCCCCCUCUUAAGCUUGACGGUGAAUCUACCUGCAUUGUCAUUGUUUGGUCCCAGGGUGGUACGAAUGUGGUCCAAAUCGUGGACAGGUUCAUGCACUAAGUUACCACCAAAUAUCAUGUGUGUGUGCGGGUGUCUGAAUACUCUGAAGAGUCUGAACCUUUGUUGUCCUCAAGUC